AUAGAGGCGCGCGGUAGUAAAGUACACACUGCCAUGAACUUCGGAGUGUAACUUCGCCGUUGUGUCGCUGACGGACUGGUGGGAAACUACAGCGAGUUUUUCUAUUCUUUUUUCCCCCCUAAUAGAUCCAAAGGAAACCGAAGGACAUUUGGAGAAUUUGUGGCAUACUUUUUUUUUUCUUUCUUCCAAAAGCCAUGUCCUCCGCGGCGGUUGCUGCCUCGAGAAGGCAGUCGUGCUAUUUGUGUGACUUGCCCCGCAUGCCGUGGGCUAUGAUUUGGGAUUUUACAGAACCUGUUUGCAGGGGAUGUGUCAACUAUGAGGGAGCUGACCGAAUCGAAUUUGUGAUUGAGACUGCCCGGCAACUUAAAAGGGCUCAUGGUUUCCAGGAGGGUAGGUCUCCGGGACCGGGGAAGUCGGGAAAGGAAAUACAGCCCAUCAACCACUCGGCUGGAGACCCCGGAUCGCGCCCACCACAGCCCCUGGAUCGUUAUCCUCUAGCUCCGGACAGACCGCCUAGGCUGGGUCCCGAGUAUCAGCCAGGGAGGCAGGCAAAUGGUAUCCCCGUUCCGAACGGAUUUCCAAAACCCGACGAGCCACCAGAGCUGAAUCGCCAGAGCCCCAACCCGCGCAGGACUAGCACAGUUCCCCCCAAUUUGGUGCCUUUGGUGAACGGAACCUUGCCGCCUGUACAUGCUCUCAAUGGACGACCACCUCAGAUGGGGAUACCGGGCGCAUUAACUGCGCCCAGCCUGACUGAUCACGGUGGGAAGCGUUCAGAUGAUAUGAAAGACAAGCACCGACCAGACAGCGUGUCUGACAUUAGCGAGAGUCACAAACGAGCGGACGAGUGGAUGUGCAAGGGAAAAACGGUGCGCGACCUCAUGGCGCUUCACACUCUCGACAACAGGUUCAAGAAAGAGCACGCAGCAAUGCAGCACAGGAUGGGAUACGAAACGAGUUCAACUUCCUCAAAAACAGACCGAGGCAAGCAACCUCGAAGCAUGAAGAGGAAAGCCUCACCUGAACCUGAGGGGGAAGGCACCACGGCCAAGCUGAACGGCGAAGGUCAGCCCUGGCUGCCUUCGCCCUCCGAAGUCCUGAAGAUGCCCUCGGCUGCCUUGCCUGGCUACGCAGCCGCUCCCCCCUCCACGAUCUCCCCGCACUCCCGUACCACCCCUCCAGAGGCGGCCACCGCCGCGCAGAACGGCCAGUCACCUAUGGCCGCCCUCAUCCUGGCGGCAGACAAUGCGGGCGCCAGCACUGGCUCGCCCAAGGACGCCAAUCAGGUACACUCGACCACCGCAGCAGGACGCCGGAACAGCGGCAGCCCGCUGUCGCCCUCCUCGGCCAGCCAGCGCCGGCUGACCCAAAGGGACGUGAUGGGCGGAGGGGUGGCAGGCGCCGCUGGCGCCGGUGCAGGCACGGCCACCAGCCACGUGCCGGGCGUAGACCCGCAGGCUGGGCACCCGCAGAGCAUUCCGGACUCGUCGGUGCCCCCUGGCACCACCCCGCUGUGCUGCACCUUGUGCCACGAGCGUCUGGAGGACACACAUUUCGUCCAGUGCCCCUCAGUCCCCUCGCACAAGUUCUGUUUCCCCUGCUCGCGUGAGAGCAUCAAGCAGCAGGGCGCCACAGGCGAGGUGUACUGCCCCAGUGGCGAGAAGUGCCCCCUGGUGGGCUCCAACGUGCCCUGGGCCUUUAUGCAGGGAGAAAUAGCCACCAUCCUGGCGGGAGACGUGAAAGUAAAAAAGGAGAGAGACCCUUGAUUUUUCCACUUUUCUGUUUUACUCUUCUUCUUCUUUUUUUUUGUUACUUUUUGUUUUUGCAAAACAAACAACAAAUGAAAUACAUGCAUAUAGAUUUCAGAUGACUAUAAAUAAAUCAAAUUGCAUACCAUCCAAACUGAAAUUAUUGGACAUGUACAUAUGGACACAAGGAAAGUGUACACUUCGUAAACAUGGCUGUAUAAAUUUUUUUUUCUUUUUUUGAAUACAUUGUUUCUAUAUAUUUUUUUUGAAGAUGAAAAGGUAUGUACACAUUAUAACAGACUACUCUCACCCCCUUUUUUCAGUUGUUGUUCAACGCCAAUUAUCAAUGUACUAUUAGAACUGGUGGCAGUCCAUGUUUAAACAUAGAAUGUGACUAAAACUACUCUCUGAGCACUUGGCAAAUACUGAAAUGCUUCUAGCUGUACUUGUAUGCACUUGUUUAAAAUUGCCAAAUACAAUUUUUGACCUUGUAAUAACAA